AUGCGCGCCAUAUCGGUCCUGACGUUCGCCGUCGCUGCGGCCGCGCGCGCGCUGGCCGUCCACCCCAAUCGCCUGAACCACGCUCAUCUCCCAUUGUUCGAACGGCAGGAGAGCACCACCCUGACACUAGACGGUAUCAUCGCUGCCACUCCCUCGGUAUCAGCGGUCACCGUGACCCCGUCGCUCGCGCCCCCGCCUUCUGUCCUACCUAAACCACCAUCCUCUCCACCAGCAGCUGCUCCAGCACCAACACCCACCCCACUCGACACCUCCAUCUCGUCAUCCCUCUCCCACGAGUGCAUGACGUAUCUCACCAACCUCAUCUCCAACUCGACCUUCCUUUCAUGUCUCCCCUUCUCUCUCCUCCUACAAACGUCCAACUCGUAUCGCACUCAGAUCACCAACGCCAGGAGCUCGGGCAACUACUCGUACCUCAAUGAAUUGGUCGCAUACGCUGCGUCGCCAGCACCGGGCUCCGAGACGUGUGAUCAGACGUUUGCGGGCUUUGCCGAGACCAUGAGGGACCGAACCAACUGUGGAAGCGACCUCAACAGCGGUAUGCCUGUCGCACGACAAGCCAGGCGCGGUCUCAGCAACUAUGCUGCCGUCCGCACUGCUGCCGGCCUCGUCAACCCCGACACGGGGUCAUACUGCUACCUCGAGGCUGCCGCAAGUGAGCGCCCCGACGAUGCCUACCUUUGGCAGUUGCCAAUGGGAAACAUUCUUCCCUCUACCUCAAUUCCCACAUGUUCCAAGUGCUCUGCACUUGUCAUGAAUCACUGGGGCACGUGGUCGACAAACACAACGACGCUCAACGGGACGAUGAUCAACAGCGCGGCGUCAACGAUCAACGCCAAGUGCGGUGCCAACUUCGUUUCCGUCACGGUCCAAACAGACGGCAGCAGUGCGAGUCGACCGCGGUCCGACUUGUUGCUCCCACUUGUUGUGUUUGCUCCUCUCCUUACUUGGGUCCUUGCCUAG